AUGACACAACUGGUGGACACGGUGUUGGAUAUACCACCUAUACCACGGCGCAUAUGGAGAGUCAUUGUCUGCAAUAUGAAUCAGCUCAUGGUGUGGUUUUUAAAAGAAUUUGCUGUUUUUGAAGUAACAGUUAAUACUCUCACUGUGGUCCUGGCGGUCGGGUUCCUGGUCGACGCCGAGGCCAAACCGGCUCCCAGUCCCAUGGUUCUUCCUUAUGGCGUCCCCGGCCCUGUCCUGCCUGGCAUGCUCGGAGCCCCUGUGGUACAGCCAAUGUCUCCAAUGAUGUACCCUCCAACACCAGCGCUACUUGCUCCCCAUCCACCAAUGCUUCCCAUUCAUCCGCCUGUUAUCUCAUCCACCCAUGUUAGAAUGUUAGCCCCUAUGUUAGCUCCCACCAAUGCUGCCUAUGUUAGCUCCUCAUCCUCCAAUGCUGCCUACGUUAGCUCCUCGUCCACCAAUGCUACCUAUGCACCUGCCUAUGUUAGCUCCUCAUCCACCAAUGCUUCCCAUCCCAUCGCCAUGCUUCCUGCACCAAUGAUCCCAUCCAUGCUUACUGUGGUCCUGGCGGUCGGGUUCCUGGUCGACGCCGAGGCCAAACCGGCUCCCAGUCCCAUGGUUCUCCCUUAUGGCGUUCCCGACACUGUCCUGCCUGGCAUGCUCGGAGCCCCUGUGGCACAGCCAAUGUCUCCAAUGAUGUACCCUCCAACACCAGCGCUACUUGCUCCCCAUCCACCAAUGCUUCCCAUUCAUCCGCCUAUGUUAUCUCAUCCACCAAUGCUACUUAUGUUAUCCUCAUCCACCAAUGCUGCCUAUGUUAGCUCCAAUGUUGCCGAUCCACCAAUGCUGCCUAUGUUAGCUCCUCAUCCUCCAAUGCUUCCUACGUUAGCUCCUCGUCCACCAAUGCUACCUAUGCACCUGCCUAUGUUAGCUCCUCAUCCACCAAUGCUUCCCAUCCCAUCGCCAUACUUCCUGCACCAAUGA